CAACACUCUAAACGCCCGACCUCUCGCUCCUCUCGCCGCUCUCCCUCUCCCUGUUCUCCCUCUCCCUGUUCUCCCUCUCGAUCUCGAUCUCGAUCUCGAUCCCUCCAUGGAUCCGAAUCAAACGGCAGCAUUCUUCGGCGGGGUAUACUAUACCCUGUUCGACCACUGCCGCGAUCUCAUUGUUCAAUUCUUUGGCCCCAAUUCCCAUGUCGACUUCGACAGCAUUACUGCCGACGACUUAGAGGAGAUAUCUGGGUUACACGCGAUGGUGGAUCCCUGCAUUCAUCGCGUGGACACGAUGAACGUUUUCGGAUACAUUGGCGGACGAUAUGCGGUUGUUUUCGUCGGAGACUUCCGAUUUUUGCCUGAUGGAGAAGACCGGAGGUUCGUGGAGACCUUUAUUGUGGAUUUUUCACGAGCUCCACCGCUGAUCGAGUCCUCUGUCUUCCGGUCGGGUGUCGUGGGGCCGCCGCCGCCGCCGGCGUUGUUCGAGUAACCACCGAGCAGCGGCGAGGGAGGGAAGCGCUGCGUGACAGGAAUGUCAGAUUGCUAUUGCUUGUUUCCUUCUGUUGAUAUGAGAGUUAGGCUUGGUUUCGUUCUGUUGAUAUGAGAGUUAGGCUUGGUAUAUGAGAGUUAAGCUUGGUUUCCUUCUGUUGAUAUGAGAGUUAGGCUUAGUUUCCUUCUGUUGAUAUGAGAGUUAGGCAGUUUACACGGAGAAAGUGGGAGAGCAUUUUGAUUUGAGGGCUCUCUAUACGGAAAUAUUGUAAGAAGGUAGUAUUCCCAGGAUUUCUGAACUUGCUUGCUUAGGGUCCUUGCAAAAACUCCCUGUUCUUGCAUUCAGUCCUUGUUCUUGGACAUUCACCCCAGUGGCACUUUGUUUUCAUGAUUGUUUUACUCCGAUCUCAGAUCGUUUGUGCUUUCCCUGAAUCUCUUGAUUGGGAUAUAGGAUGGACAGUACUCGAUACAUACGUUGGAGGGGGUCCAACGCUCCAACGAAUUUGCGCGGUCCUUUUUGUCAUGAUAAGAUAGCUGCUUGUUUUCUCAAUCCAUUUAGCCUCCCUGCAAAAAGGAAAAAGGGCUCAUCGGUGAUCCGCAACUACAACCCUGUCGCUGAUCCUAUAUAAUUUGUUUGUUUUUUUGCUACGACCGGUUUUCAAUAA